AUGCCUCCCAAGAAGGUUAUGAAGGUUACCAGCGCGCCCAAGAAGGCGGCGCCUGCUCUUCACACUUCCUACCGUGAUAUGAUCAAGGAUGCCAUUAUUAGUCUGAAGGAACGCAAUGGUAGCAGUCGCCAGGCUAUCAAGAAGUACGUUCAGUCCAACAACAAGAUCAACGUCACUUCCCAGAGUGUCUUCGACUCUCAGUUCAACAAGGCUAUCAAGGCCGGUGUUGAGAAGAAUGAGUUCACUCAGCCCAAGGGCCCAUCUGGUCCCUUGAAGCUUGCGAAGAAGGAAGUCCCUGGCAAGGUCACUCAUAAGCCUGCCGCGAAGCCUGCCGCCAAGGCCCCUACUAAGGCCCCUGCUAAGCCCGCUGUCAAGGCCGCCAAGGCUGGUCCUAAGAAGCCUGUCUCACCGAAGGCUACCACUACCAAGAAGACUGCGGCCAAGAAGACCGCCACCAAGCCCAAGGCCAACACUGGCAAGGCCCGCAAGACUUCCGUCGCCGCCCCUGCUGUCGUUGAGCAGCCCAAGAUUCUGGGAAAGACCAAGUCUGGCCGUGUCACCAAGACGACUGCCCCGCAGCCAACAUCCACCCGGGCAGCCCCCAAGAAGCGGACUACUAAGAAAUAG